AUGGUUCCUGAAACCAAAAUUACUGAAGAUAAAAGCACGAAAAAUCAGAAUAGAGAGACAACAGGUGUGAAAAGCAUCAGCAGAGCUGUCUCCUAUAUCAUGGGAAGAACAAACAUGUCUGAAGGCAGCCCCAUUCUUUCCAGUGCUUUAGGUUCAGUCUUUAGUAAAUGGGUCCUUCCUGUUCUCACCCUGCCUUUCAACAUGGCGGUGUCUCUUUACUUGGCUGCCACUGGACACUACAACCUCUUCCUCCCCACGACGCUCAUUCAGCCUGUAACGUCAGUGCCCAACAUCACCUGGUCUGAAAUCGAAGUGCCACUGUUGCUAAAAUCCAUUCUGGUGGGAAUUGGUCAGGUGUUUGGUUGUGACAACCCCUGGACUGGUGGCAUUUUUCUGCUUGCUGUGUUUGUAGCAUCACCACUCGUCUGUUUAUAUGCUGCAGUUGGAUCAGCAGUGGGCAUGCUGGCAGGCUUGACUGCUGCAGCACCCUUUGCUGAGAUCUACUCUGGCUUUUGGGGCUACAACAGCGUCCUCUCCUGCAUUGCAAUAGGAGGCAUGUUCUACGCUCCCACGUGGCAGACCCACUUGCUAGCAGUGGCCUGUGCCUUCUUUUGUGGCUAUCUGCGAGCAGCACUUGCUAAUUCCCUCUCUGUGUUUGGAUUACCAGCCUGCACCUGGCCUUUCUGCUUCUCCGCAUUUCUCUUCCUGCUACUAACUACAGACAACUCUGCCAUCUACAAGCUGCCACUCUGCAAAGUUACUUACCCAGAAGCCAACCGUGUCUAUUACCUGGCAGUGGAAAGAAACAGGAAGGCAACAGUGAUGACAAAAUAGCAGUCUAAGGCCUGGU